GGGUUCGAAGGUUCGAGUCCCACUGCGGGAAUGAGCCUCUUUGACCUCUUUCGGGGCUUUUUCGGCUUUUCUGGACCUCGGAGCCACAGAGAUCCCUUUUUUGGAGGGGUGACUCGCGAUGAAGAUGAAGAUGAUGAGGAAGAAGAAGGAGCCACGUGGGGCCGUGGGAGCUCGAGGUUUGAGGGUCCCCAGCCCCCCGAGGAAUUUGGCUUCGGCUUCAGCUUCAGCCCAGGAGGAGGGAUGCGUUUCCACGAUAACUUCGGCUUUGAUGACCUAGUACGGGAUUUCAAUAACAUCUUCAGCGAGAUGGGGGCCUGGACCUUGCCUUCCCGCCCUCCUGAACUUCCAGGUCCUGAGUCAGAGACACCUGAGAGACGGCAGGAAGGACAGACGCUUCGGGACUCAAUGCUUAAGUAUCCAGAUAGUCACCAGCCUAGGCUCUUUCAUGGGGCCUUGGAGAGUGAUGCAAGAACUGAAUCCUGCAAACCAGCACCAGGCUGGGGCUCCCAGAGACCUUUUCAUAGGUUUGAUGAUACGUGGCCCGUGACCCCCCAUUCUAGAGCCAGAGAGGACAAUGAUCUUGAUACCCAGGUUUCCGAGGAGGGCCUUGGCCCAGUUCUGCAGCCCCAGCCCAAAUCCUAUUUCAAGAGCGUCUCUGUGACUAAGAUCACUAAGCCAGAUGGGACAGUAGAGGAGCGCCGGACUGUGGUGGACAGUGAGGGCCGGAAAGAGACCACAGUAACCCAUCAAGAAGCAGGUGGCUCUCCGAGGGAUGGUCCAGAAUCACCAACACCUCCAUCCCUGGAUGAUACCUUUUCCAUCCUGGAUUUGUUCCUAGGACGUUGGUUCCGGUCCCGGUAGCCUUGUUAACUCUCAGAGGCCUUUAGGUUCUUUCCGCCCCCACCCUUUGCUCACCAGCAAUGGGCUUAGUUCUCCUUCUGCCACCUCAGCACCUUGGGUGUGUGGAACAGUGAAUUGGGGGUAUGUCAGUAUGUCACUCACCCAGACCGACCAAUAAAACCUUUAUUUAUGCUAA